AUGGUGAAGGUCACCUCACGUGGCCAGGUGUUUCAGGUGGGAGUCCCAGCGGGCCAGGUGUUUCAGGUGGGAGUCCCAGCGGGCCAGGUGUUUCGGGUGGGAGUCCCAGCGGGCCAGGUGUUUCGGGUGGGAGUCCCAGCGGGCCAGGUGUUUCGGGUGGGAGUCCCAGCGGGCCAGGUGUUUCGGGUGGGAGUCCCAGCGGGCCAGGUGUUUCGGGUGGGAGUCCCAGCGGGCCAGGUGUUUCGGGUGGGAGUCCCAGCGGGCCAGGUGUUUCGGGUGGGAUUCCCAGCGGGCCAGGUGUUUCGGGUGGGAGUCCCAGCGGGCCAGGUGUUUCGGGUGGGAGUCCCAGCGGGCCAGGUGUUUCGGGUGGGAGUCCCAGCGGGCCAGGUGUUUCGGGUGGGAGUCCCAGCGGGCCAGGUGUUUCGGGUGGGAGUCCCAGCGGGCCAGGUGUUUCGGGUGGGAGUCCCAGCGGGCCAGGUGUUUCGGGUGGGAGUCCCAGCGGGCCAGGUGUUUCGGGUGGGAGUCCCAGCGGGCCAGGUGUUUCGGGUGGGAGUCCCAGCGGGCCAGGUGUUUCGGGUGGGAGUCCUAGUGGGCCAGGUGUUUCAGGUGGGAGUCCCAGCGGGCCAGGUGUUUCAGGUGGGAGUCCUAGUGGGCCAGGUGUUUCAGGUGGGAGUCCCAGCGGGCCAGGUGUUUCAGGUGGGAGUCCCAGCGGGCCAGGUGUUUCAGGUGGGAGUCCCAGCAGGCCAGGUGUUUCAGGUGGGAGUCCCAGCGGGCCAGGUGUUUCAGGUGGGAGUCCCAGCGGGCCAGGUGUUUCAGGUGGGAGUCCCAGCGGGCCAGGUGUUUCAGGUGGGAGUCCCAGCGGGCCAGGUGUUUCAGGUGGGAGUCCCAGCGGGCCAGGUGUUUCAGGUGGGAGUCCCAGCAGGCCAGGUGUUUCAGGUGGGAGUCCCAGUGGGCCAGGUGUUUCAGGUGGGAGUCCCACUGGGCCAGGUGUUUCAGGUGGGAGUCCCACUAGGCCAGGUGUUUCAGGUGGGAGUCCCAGCAGGCCAGGUGUUUCAGGUGGGAGUCCCAGCGGGCCAGGUGUUUCAGGUGGGAGUCCCAGCAGGCCAGGUGUUUCAGGUGGGAGUCCCAGCAGGCCAGGUGUUUCAGGUGGGAGUCCCAGCGGGCCAGGUGUUUCAGGUGGGAGUCCCAGCGGGCCAGGUGUUUCAGGUGGGAGUCCCAGCGGGCCAGGUGUUUCAGGUGGGAGUCCCAGCGGGCCAGGUGUUUCAGGUGGGAGUCCCAGCGGGCCAGGUGUUUCAGGUGGGAGUCCCAGCGGGCCAGGUGUUUCAGGUGGGAGUCCCAGCGGGCCAGGUGUUUCAGGUGGGAGUCCCAGCGGGCCAGGUGUUUCAGGUGGGAGUCCCAGCGGGCCAGGUGUUUCAGGUGGGAGUCCCAGCGGGCCAGGUGUUUCAGGUGGGAGCCUCAAUGGAGCAGGUGUUUCAGGUGGGAGUCCCAGUGCGCCAAGUGUUCCAAGUGGGAGCCCCAGGUCAGGUGUUUCAGUCAGGAGCCCCAGCAGGUAGCACUUAA